UUUCAUGGCAGUUACAGAAACAUAAGCGGUGGCUUGCCCUCUGAGGCUUUGUUGUCACUCACGGGACACCUCGUUCAGCACUUCGAACUCGCCACAAUGGACCCACUUGCGUUGUUUAGAUCGCUGUCUAUUGCGACUCACCAUGAUUCGUUGGUUGCUGCUGGUGUGUUUCAUUUGGAUUGGGAAAGUUCUAUGAAAGAAGGAAUUGCCAACAGACACGCCUACUCCGUGACAGGAACCUACUCUGUGCGCGUGGGAGACACGUUCGUGAAGCUGGUGCGUUUGCGCAACCCCUGGGGACAAGGGGAGUGGGAAGGAGCACUCGCUGAC